CUCGCAAAUUUGCGUUUGGGGCAAUAGAAAAGCACGUCACGUUUGUGGGCGGCAGAAAAGCGAGGGAAAAGAUUCUCUCUCUCUCUCUGUGCUGCCUUCUCCCUCUCCCACCAUGUCCGUCGAGGCCACCACUGCAUCCCAAAAGAGCCAGGUUGAUUUGUUGGAUUUCGUCGAUUGGAGUGGCGUCGAAUGCCUGAAUCAGAAUACCUCCCGCUCUCUAGUCAAUGCCCUCAAACAAGAAUACAGGGAGGCUGAUGAGUUAUAUCUGGAGAGCGACGCAGACGAGCAGCUUCUGAUUUACAUCCCCUUCAAACAAGUCAUAAAAUUGCAUUCCAUUGUUAUCAAAGGGCCAGAAGAGGACGGUCCCAGAGUGGUAAAGCUCUUUGUAAACAAGGAAAACAUGGGCUUCAGCAAUGUCAAUGACUUUCCUGCCAGUGACUCAGCCAUAUUGUCGCCAGAUAAUCUUAAAGGAAAACCUGUUACCUUAAAAUAUGUCAAGUUUCAGAAUGUACGCAGCUUGACGAUUUUUGUCGAGAAUAACCAGUCUGAUGCAGACAUCACCAAAAUUCAAAAGCUUGUACUCAUUGGGACAACGGUGGAGACAACUGACAUGAAGGGGCUGAAGAAGAUUGAAGAACAUUGAUUGCACAAAAGAAUGCAUUAUACUCAAAGCCAUACUACCGCAAAGUCAAAUGUAUUGUUUGUGAUAUGAAAUUUCAGAAGGAAAAACGAUCAUAUACUUUUGAAGGUUUGCUUUGUCAGCUGAGAUGCAAUACAAGUAUAUACAUUUACUGGCAUGGAAUUGUCCUUCAAAUUGAUAGAAGUUUCCUUCUCGUUUGCUCGAUGUAUUCAAAACAAUAAAUGUACUUUAUCCUCCUUUGUCCCAUAAAAGACAUGUUGACUUCUGUUGGAGGGGCAUGGAUGUGAAGAUGCAUUGACAGAAUUUUUCUGAAUUUUUGACAGAACA